AUGGCAGCAAAACCGUUCUUGAGCCAGGGAGACGCCACAGGGACGACGGGCCUGACAACGCUCGCGCAGGCUGCGAGCGCAGGUUACAAUUGACUGGUGCUGGUGAGGGACCCGGCCAGGCUGCCCGCUGACCACAAGGCCUCCCGGGUGGUGGUGGGAGACGUGCGGAAUAAAGAUGAUGUGAAGAAGACCGUGGAAGGCCAGGAAGCCGUCAUCAUUGUUCUCGGCACCAGGAAUGACCUCAGUCCGACCACCAUUAUGUCUGAAGGAACCAAGAACAUUGUGGACGCGAUGAAGGCUCUUGGGAUCCGCAAAAUUAUCGGCUGCAUGUCUGCUUUCCUGCUGUGGAACCGAGCCAAAGUCCCACAAAGUCUGAUUCCCAUCACAGAGGACCAUGACCGGAUGUACGCUGUGCUGAGGGAAUCAGGACUGGACUAUGUCGCUGUCAUGCCUCCUCACAUCGAUGACAACCUUCCCCUGACUGGGCGUUACAUGGUGACUGAGAACAUGCUGAAAGGAAGAGCCAUCUCCAAACACGACCUGGGACAUUUCUUUGUUAAAUGUCUGUCCACCACCGAGUGGGAUGGCAAGACAGUUGGGGUGUGUGCAGAGUCUAAAUAAGGGUAAUUAAUGAUCAGCAGUGAGAAAGGAUUCACUGUCAGUCAUUUUAUUCUCAUGAAUUCACUCUGGCAAAUGACGAAAUGCUGGUUUUUCGCUCAUAUAGUAAAAUAAGAACUCUGUGCAUUGUUCUAGAAAUCACAUCCUUUCAUACUGAAGAAUCAGCACCUUUUCUUGGUGUUAUAUUUUUACCAAGUUAAAAUUUUCUUUGACGCUUAUUCAUAUUUUGGCAAGUGAAAUCAUCAAAUGUUUUAUAAACAAAUAUUAAAGUUUGUAAGUCACCAAAA